AUCCGAUCAGUCUCCUUCGUGAGCCGGCUGCGAUCGGUUGUUCUCGUGUUAAGUCUUUUCCCACCCGUAUCGUUUGUUCGAUUCGCGAAUCAAGUGUGCUCAAAGUAAACAAGCGGACCUAAUCCGACAAGUGUGUUGAGUUGUCGGUGUCACCGUCGUCGUCGGCCAACUCGUCUUUGUAAAUUGAGAGCUACUUUACUCGAAAGACACUAGCUUGUGUUGGAUGGUAUUUGUACUACACUAGUCGACCUAGUCUAAGUACGACGCAUAUUGCUGCUCAGCAGUCCUCGACGAUGUGUUUGGAAUAAAAAUUUCGAAAUUUAGCUGUAAAAGUGCGACCAAUGACCAACGAUUUGGUGCGAAAAUGUGCAAUGUGAUGUCUCCCUCUGGCAGUGUCUUGUGAAUUGUGGCACAAAAUCAAAAUAAAACUGAAGAAAGUGAAACAUUUGCUGUGGAAGGGAUAGGAUAGUUGUUUGUGUGGAGUGUAACGGGUCAUCCCCGGACUAGAUGACAAAGGAAAAGGAAGAACCCGCAACGAUGGUCCGGGGUGUCCCGUGGGCACUCUGGCUAUCAUCCGGGCUGGUGAUAGCCCUGCUUCUCUUCAGUACGGUCAUGCUGAUGGUCACGAUGUACUCCGGAGUUGCGUGCUCAAAGCCCACAGAUUCCACAUCAGAGUUCCGGCCCCUGGUGCGGCUACGGUCCACAACUACCGUGAGCGACGAGCCAUCCGAUACGGCCACCGAUGAGGAGGUGCAGCAGAAAAUCUCCGAGCUAUUCAAACGUAAGGGAUAUUCCAACCCAGACCCCGAUCCGGAGGAUCAACUACUUGAGGAGUCCGGCUCUCAGAUUGAAGCUAGAAUAGAUCCUCCUAGGCGUCGACGAACGCGGCGGCCGCUGCAAAAGAUCGGCAAGGAUUUUGACGCAAGCCAGUCGUACGUGAUCAAGCACGCCAACGGGACGAUCACCUACGUCUUUCCCAAGGAGGUUCUGAAGGGAAAUGGCAACGCCCAACUGGUGGCCGAUACCACUUCAGAGGACAGCAAGAAAGCGGCUGAGGAAAACGUCGUGCGGUAUCGAACGCCCAGUUCCAACUCAAGCGAUAUUGUCUUUCCCUCCGACUCAGAACCACCAACUUCGGACCAAGUGACACCGCAGAAGAAGGAAUCGUGCAGUCCGGAAUUUCCGAUCUGCAACAACGUGGACAACUAUCCGCACAACAAGAUCAACGACAUUGUCGCAAAAUACAAGCAGCAGUACGCCGGCGUUUUCGGCGAAGACGUUGUGGUACCCGAGGGAGACGCACUGGUGACCCGGUUCGAUACUUCCAACGAUAGACCACUUUGCUAUUCAGUAGAGCGGUUGAUUCACCCACAGGAGGGCUUCACGAAGGAUAAGAUAAACUUGACCAUAGUCAACACCAAGGAGUACAAACAAGGAGUUCGGGUGGAACUGUGCAGUAACCCUGCCCAAACGUGCAACGAGCUCGACGGGCUAAUGGGGCAAUAUAGGACCGAAUGCAAACAGCUGUACCACUACCGGACGCUGCUGGCCGUUCAUCCCAAAACCGGAGAGCUGUACAAAGAAUCGUUCAAACUUCCUUCCUGCUGCAAAUGUGUGAUAAAACCCCUUACUUUGCUCAGCGAUGGCAAAUAAGCACGCUUAAAAUUACGUGCGGAUGAAUCCGCACAAGUAAAAUUCACAAAUUCAGGACAUCGCGAUAUUAAACCAUUGACAAAAGCUUACAAAUUGCUUUUACUCAGAAUGCGUGAUCGCACUAAUUGACUAAGUGGCAACCUGUAAUGCUGCGUGUACAUUCUCAUCAAAUCGAAUACGCCAUAAUGUGUAGUUGUUUGCUCUUAAAAAUAAUAUGUAAUAAAGUUUGUAUUUUAUAGUAA